GCCCAUUUCAAUCCCAAACCCAAAAUCACCCCCACCCCACUCACUCUCACUUUCUCUCUCCUCUUCUUCAUUAGAUCGACACGUCUUCUUCUCUCAUCAUCUUCUUUCUUUCUUCUGUAAAAUUCUGCGAUUUCACUCUCUAAUUGAAGAGAGAAAGAUUGGCGUAACAAUGGAGAAAUCAAGGGCCACGUUAAUGGUGGCCAUUGUUAUUAUGCUCUUUUCUGGUGUUAUUCAAGUGAGAUCCGACGCUUCCGAUCACCGCUAUAAAGCUGGAGAAGCAGUUCCUCUUUACGCUAAUAAAGUUGGCCCUUUCCACAACCCUAGUGAAACGUACCGUUAUUUCGAUCUUCCAUUCUGUAUUCCUGAUCAUGUCAAGGAGAAAAGAGAAGCUCUUGGUGAAGUAUUAAAUGGAGAUCGUCUAGUCAGUGCUCCCUACAAGCUUGAUUUCCUAGUGGACAAGGACUCAGAAGCUAUUUGCAAGAAAACAUUGAAAAAGGAAGAAGCUGCUAAGUUCAGAGAUGCAGUAGCCAAAGAUUAUUACUUUCAGAUGUACUAUGAUGACUUGCCAAUCUGGGGAUUUCUGGGCAAAGUUGACAAGGAAGGAAAACUGGAUCCAAGCGACUACAAGUAUUACUUAUACAAGCAUAUUCAUUUUGAUGUCUACUAUAACAAGGACCGUGUUAUCGAAAUCAAUGUCCGGACUGAUCCCAACUCUUUGGUGGACAUUACUGAGGAUAAGGAAGUGGACAUAGAAUUUAUGUAUACUGUGAAGUGGAAAGAGACAAAAACCCCUUUUGAGAAUAGAAUGGAUAAAUACUCUCAGUCCUCAUCUCUUCCUCAUCAUCUAGAGAUCCAUUGGUUCUCUAUCAUAAACUCAUGUGUCACAGUGCUUCUCCUAACUGGAUUUCUUGCUACAAUUCUCAUGCGAGUGCUCAAGAAUGAUUUCGUCAAGUAUGCACACGAUGAGGAAACAGCUGAAGAUCAGGAAGAAACUGGGUGGAAAUAUAUUCAUGGGGAUGUAUUUAGGUUUCCUAAGUAUCAGUCAGUGUUGGCAGCGGCUCUUGGAUCUGGUACUCAGCUAUUUAUUCUUACGGUUUUCAUAUUCCUACUUGCAUUAGUUGGAGUCUUCUAUCCUUACAAUCGAGGAGCCUUGUUCACGGCCCUGGUUGUCAUCUAUGCCCUUACAUCUGGCAUCGCUGGGUAUACUGCAACCUCCUUUUAUUGCCAGCUGGAAGGAUCAAACUGGGUUAGAAAUCUGAUUUUGACUGGUUUCUUGUUCUGUGGUCCUCUGUUUCUCACUUUCUGCUUCCUCAACACUGUUGCGAUAGUAUACCACGCUACUGCAGCUCUUCCAUUUGGCACGAUAAUGGUGAUACUUCUUAUAUGGACACUUGUAACUUCACCAUUGCUUGUAUUGGGUGGAAUUGCUGGAAAGAAUAGCAAGGCUGAGUUCCAGGCUCCAUGCCGCACAACAAAGUAUCCCAGAGAAAUUCCAUCAUUACCAUGGUACCGGGGAACUCUUCCUCAGAUGGCAAUGGCUGGAUUUUUGCCGUUCAGUGCGAUAUAUAUAGAGCUCUACUACAUCUUUGCCAGUGUUUGGGGGCACAGGAUUUACACGAUUUAUAGCAUUUUGUUCAUUGUCUUCAUUAUUCUAAUUAUAGUCACUGCUUUCAUUACUGUGGCAUUGACAUACUUCCAACUUGCUGCUGAAGACCAUGAGUGGUGGUGGAGGUCCUUCCUAUGCGGUGGUUCCACGGGGUUAUUUAUCUAUGGGUAUUGCUUAUACUACUACUAUGCACGCUCUGAUAUGUCCGGCUUCAUGCAAACAUCAUUUUUCUUCGGCUACAUGGCUUGUAUUUGCUAUGGCUUCUUCCUCAUGCUUGGAACUGUUGGCUUCCGUGCUUCACUCCUUUUUGUUCGUCAUAUAUAUCGAUCAAUUAAAUGUGAGUAGGUGGUGCAACUUUGAUGUUGUCACCAAUGUUUUUUGUUCCGUAGGGUUAGUGGACAGUGAUGUUCUUUGUAUUGUAACUAUCCCUGACUUCAUUCAGGAGAAAGAGUUUGUAAUCUUGUAUACAGACUUGUCUCUUACCA